AGUUAAAAGGUGACGAAAAGAGUAAACCCUAACGAUCCCAUCCUCCAUGUUGGCGAAGCCUCUGCGGCCAAUGAAAUUUUGUCCAUCGCCGGCGAUUGAUUUCAUCCAUCAUCGCUUUCCAGGCGACGGGACUAAGAAAAUCCAUGCUAGGAGCUGAAAAAUCAGGCUAAAGAAGUUCUACUUUCGCCGAAUUUGGCGCCCAUCGGAGAGAGAGAGAGAGAGAGAGAGAGAGAGAGAAGUAGCCGGCGGCUGAUAAACUCCGGCCAAUAUUAACCCGCUUCUGCCAGAUUAGGUGUAAUUUUUUGCGGACAUUUGCCUUUGAUUCUGUGAGAGUACGCAGUAUGAAUAAAUCCAGUAAGACUAGGGCUACACUGGGAAAACACCAUGGACUUGCAGACGAAGGAUCUGCUGCUCGGACAAGACCUAUAAGCUUCGAAGAGAUUAUGCAAAGAAGGAAGAAGAAAGAGUCAUUGGAAAAUGUGGAGGAGGGAAAUAGAGUAGAAACAAUUCAAGCCAAGUCAAUGGGCGAUGAUCCUUUCCGGCGGGGUAGACACCAUAGAGUUUCUUCCCAUUGUUCUGAGAAGCUGAGGUCUGAGGUAAAUGCUAAGGAUGGUUCACGAAGGAGAGAGGAGAUAAUUUAUAGGGAGGAGAGACUUGAUAAACACAAAAACAAGCAAGACCACGUUACAGAUGCAAAAAGGAUGGUUGAAGAAGAAGGUCGUUAUACUGAAAGAAAAAUGGGGGCUGAUCGAGAUGAUACCCCUUCUAUGAAAACCAAAACUGUGCAAGGUAGAGAAAGACGUGCUUCAAAGGCAACUGAUGAACAGACUCAUGCUACGGAACUUGUUAAUGAGCGAGCAAGUAGCGCUAAGAAUGUACCUGCUAGGAAGCGUCUGAGAAGUUUAGUAGUGAUUAAUAGACCCCCGGAUGAAAAUAGUGGAAAACCGGAUGACUUGAACAAGAGAAAACACCAAAAUGGAGAUGAUACACGAGAUAGGGAGAGGAAAAAUCCCAAGAAACGGGAUCUGAGAAAAAUGCAUAGCGUUGAAGGUUCAGAGAGAAAGGAAAAAAGGGAACAGCCAAGGCCACAUCAUCGUGACAUUAGGGAGAAAAGGAGAAGGACAAGGAGCCGAGAUCAUGGGCAGGAUAAAAAUAGAAGGACAUCCCCCUCUCCAAGGGCUGAAAAGGCUGCAUCGCGUCACAGGAGAGACUGUGAGGAGAUCUCUGUCAGUGGACCAAAAGAUCAGGUUGGAAGGAAUCAUUCUGGUGACGGUGGAAAAAAAGUGGCAAGCAAUGGCUCAAGUAAUCAGUCGAGGCGGUACACAGGUUCCAAAAGUGGACUUGGUGGAUAUUCCCCAAGGAAAAGGAGGGAGGAGGUUCCCCACAAGGCUCCUUCUCCACCGAAUCUCUCAGCCGAAAAAAAAAGUGCUAAGUGGGACCUGGUACCUACUGAAACCACCAGCAUGCUAUCUGGGUCAGUUAUCCAGGCAGCAAUACAGACUGCAUAUUCAACCUUUAGUGAAACGGCUUUGGCUAUGUUGAAUCCCCUUACCGAGGUGUCUUUUAAGACACCACCAGCAAAACAGAACAUUUCAGUUGACUCUGUUCAACUCACGGAAUCUACCAGGCGUAUGAGGAGACUUUACAUAGAAAAUGUGCCUGAUUCAGUCUCUGAGAAGUCUUUGAUUGAAUGCUUCAAUAGCUAUAUGCUAUCUUCAGGCUCUAAUUACAUUCAAGGAAGCCAGCCUUGUAUUAGCUGUAUUAUAAAUAAUGAGAAGGGUCAGGCUCUUGUGGAAUUUCUUACACCUGAGGAUGCUUCUUCUGCACUCUCUUUGGAUGGCUGUUUGUUUGCGGGUUCGAGCCUCAAAAUUAGACGCCCUAAAGAUUUUGUUGAAACAACAACCGGUGACCUGGAUAAAAAAGAGGCAGCUACGAAUGCAUUAAGUGAGACCGUGGAGGAUUCACCUAACAAGAUAUUCAUUGGUGGAAUUUCAAAUGCCAUUUCAUCUGAAAUGUUGAUGGAGAUUGUGAGUGUCUUUGGACCUCUAAAGGCAUACCGUUUUGCAAACUACACUAAUCAGCCAUGCGCUUUCCUGGAGUACAUGGAUGGAUCUAUUACACUCAAAGCAUGCGCUGGCCUCAACGGUAUGAAGUUGGGUGGGAAUGUAAUAACUGUUGUUCGAGCACUUCCUGAUGCAUCAUCUAUCAUGGGUGACAACAAAAAUCCACCCUUCUAUGGGAUACCUGAGCAUGCAAAACCCCUUCUGGCCAAACCUACCAACAUACUGAAGCUCAAGAAUGUGAUCGACCCAGAAGACCUUCUGUCCAUUUCUGAACCCGAAAUGAAAGAAAUUCUGGAGGAUGUGCGGUUGGAAUGUGCCAGGUUUGGUGUGAUCAAGUCGAUCAACAUCAUGGACCACCAAAUCAGCGAAAUGACCACUUCGAAAACAGAUGCAGCUGGGGAAGAAAUGAAUGAAUCAGUGAUUUGUAGGAAAGAUGAUGAAUCCAAGAAAGCUAAUCAUACUACUGACAGUGAAGAACAACAUACAGAAGACGGGCAAACCCGUUCUACCGGGGAAGACAAAACCGCCGAGUUCACAGUUACGGGUCACGAUGAAGAUCAUUCCACCGCACCAAAAACUGAACAAGAAGAUCAUCGUUCUGACAACGGGAAGGAGGCAGCCAUUGAUGAGCUUGAACAUAAGCAGGAAGUUGGAGCUGUUCGGGCGGUCAGGACAAGGUGGGAACCUGCAGAGAGAGAGGGAAAACCGGACAUGGAAAGUGUGUUUGAAAAGGGUUGUAUCUUGGUGGAGUAUGGAAGGACAGAAGCCUCGUUUGCAGCAGCUCGUGCCUUGCAGGGAAGGCUGUACGGAAACAGAGUGGUGAAGGUGGAAUACGUUUCUGAAGAGCUCUACAAGAUGAGAUUCCCUUAAAACAAAUAGUACAGUACUUACAUUUCAUUAGAUUCGGACAUAUGGUUUGUGUUCUGUUCGUUACCCAUUUUGUCUCAUCUGAAAGCGAAUCCUAAUCCUCUUUGUAUAUGCAUAUGGGAUUGGGAUCUGUUUUCCCAUGUCACUGUCAUCUGUUUCCUUGUUAAGGGAGAAGUCGAAUUCCACAAUAGCGCUUUUGGUUCUCGACCUUUGGUAUUGACUUGACCGGUUUUGGUUUA